AUGGAAAAUAUAAAAAUAAGUUAUGAAGAAAAAGAAAAAUUUCAUAAAGCUUUUAGACAGCAUGAAUUUCGAAUAUUAUUUGAUGAAUAUUUUGAUGAAAUAUCGGAUAUAAAAUAUAGAAAAGAGAAAGAGGAUUAUCUAUUAAGUUUAUAUUUUAAAGGUGAAUUAAAAAAGGAUCAAAUUCUAAUUAAACCAAUUGAAGCAUUUUGUGUUAAAACAAAAAUUCUUUAUGCAAAUCAAACCAAUCAAAAAUUAUUUUUAAAUAUUUGUUCACACGAAGGGAUUGAAAAUAUAUCAUUUCAAAAUAUUUCCAAUAAAUCAGUAAAUAUUCCUUAUUCUCUUUCUCAAAUUAGACCUGAUAAAUAUGGAAACAAUUUAAGUUGUUUAACAAUUGACUGUUGUGUUAAUCCAUCUACUAUAGAUGUAAUAAGAAGCUACAACGAAAUAUUAAAUUUUCUUUUAGAAGAUAUUUGCUUAAAUAUUGAAAAAAAUAUUAUGAAAGAUAAAGAAAAAAUAUGUCUAGAUUUUAAAAUUUUAAGUAAUAUAAAAUGUAAAGGUGAAAAACCUUUUUUAUUGUGUAUUAAUAAGAAUGUCCUUAAAAAAAAUAUUUUAAUAGAAGAAGAGAAAAAGUUAGCUAACCUAAAAAAGGAGUAUGAAGAAAAAAAUGUAGUAUCAAAUGAUAUCAGUGAAGUUCUAAAUAAAAGCAAAAUAAAAACUGAAAUAAAAACAGGCAAACAAAAUGAAAUAGAUAUUUUAAACGAACAAGAAUUAAAUAUUUCUACAGAAAUAAAAAAACCAAAAGUUGAAAAAAACAAAGUUUUUAUAUACCAUCAAGGUUCUUUAAAUACAUCAUCUUUCUUUAAAAUAAAAGAAUUUGAUAACAUUUCUCUUAAUUUACCGAAUAAAAUAAAAGUUUUAAUUAAUACAGAUAGCUAUGUUAAUAAGAAUGAUGUUAAUAUAAUCAUUGAAAAAAAAUUGCUUAAAUUAAAAUUUACCAAUGAGGAGGAGAAUUUAUGUAUAAAUUUACCAUAUCCUUGUAGUGAUGAAGAUUAUUAUUGUGUUUUAAAGAAAGAUAAGAAAAGAAUUGAAAUAUACUUAAAUUUAUGCGAAGAAUUUGUUAAAGAUUAUGCUAAAAGUAUGUAUGAAAAGUAUUUUUCUAACAAAAAAAAUGAAGAAAAUGAUUCACUGAGUUAUAUUGACGAUGUAGUGAAAAAUUAUGAACAAAAAAAAAUUAUAAAAGAAGAAAAAGACAAGGAAAAUAAAGAAAGAGAAUUUGGAGAAGAAAAAGAAGAGUUAAGGGUUGAAACUGAAAAAAUUAUGAUUGAAGAGGAUGAAUAUAAAAAUUGUUUUGAAGAAACAAGUCAUAAAAUUUUAAAAAAUGAAAAUUCUUCAAUUAAAGAAAGUAAAGAUGAGUCUCCUCCUUGUUUGGAAUAUAAAGAUUACACACUAAAAGAAAAAAUACAUAAGGAUGAAAAAAAAUUAAUAACGAAUAAUUAUGAAGCAAAAUCAUAUUAUUCAUUAAAUAUAAAUGAUAAAAAAAGUUUUUUAAAUUUUAAUAUAGAAGAAAAGUUAGAUUGCAGUUUUCAUGGAGAUAACAGAAAAAAAAAAAAAAGUGAAGAGGAAAAUAUAAAUGAAGAAAAAAAAAUAAAUGAAGAGGAAAAUAUAAAUGAAGAGGAAAAUAUAAAUGAAGAAAAAAAAAUAAAUGAAGAAAAAAAAAUAAAUGAAGAAAAAAAAAUAAAUGAAGAGGAAAAAAUAAGUGAAGAAAAAAAAAUAAAUGAAGAUAUUUCACAAGAGAAUAAAAUAUCGUCUAGUGAUACAUUAAAUAAGACUAAUAAUAUGUUAUAUAAUGAAAAAGCAAUAUUUCCUAAUGAUAUGAAUAUAGAAGUUAUUAAUGAAAUGAGUUUAUCUAGCACUGAAAAAACAAUUAACAGAAGAAUAUCAACAGAAAGUUCUGAAAAUAGAAAUAUAAGAAGAAAUUGUAAAAAGCUAGCUGAGAAUGACGAAAAUGGGAUAUCAAAAAAUAAAGUUGAUUUUAAUGAAAGUGAAUUUUUAUGUGAUAUUAAUUUUUAUAAAAAUGCAGACAGAGGAGUUAUUUUUUCUUGCAUGCUAUGGACAACAUAUAUGUAA